AUGGAGAAAAAUAGUUUUACAAAAAAGUACUUAGCUAUUCUGGCAACAUCUGCUUCCAGUGAAAGAUUGUUCUCUGAUACCAGUAAUGUUAUGACAGUUAGGCGUACCAGUUUAUUGCCAUCUAAUUUUGAACAUUUAGUAUUUUGUAAACGAAAUUAG